CGUGUGACUAACCUCCGUGUGAACUUCAAAUUGCACACACUGGGUGACAGGCCCCAGGGGGGCCUCAAGGGACACCCCUUCUACUACUAUGCCCUCUGAGCUUGUGGUCCAAGGCAGCUGCCUGUGCUAUGGCCAUGCCUCUGCGUGCAGGCCUGCACCCAGGGUCCCACCCAAUGUGGAAGGCAUGGUGCAUGGCCUUUGUGUCUGCUGCCACCACAGAGCUGGUACCCACUGUGAGCACUGCCAGGACCUGCACCAGGACCACCCAUGGCAGGCAGCAGAGCCUGGGCACCCCCAUGCCUGCCAGGCCAGCCCACUCCAUAUCCACCUUCCUUGUUCUGCUCCAGAAUGUGAGUGUCAUGGGCAUGUCUGCAGUUGUCACUUUGACAUGGCCCUGUAUCUCGCAUCUGGCAAGGUGAGUGGAGGUGUGUGUGAUGCAUGUCAACACAACACAGCUGGGUGCCACUGUGAGCUCUGCCAGCCCUUCUUCCACCGAGAUCCCAGGGAGGGUCCCUGCUCCCUUCAUUCCUGCAAAUCCUGUGACUGCAACCCUUUGGGUGCCCUGGAAAGGGGUUUGUGUGAUGCCCACACAGAUGAAACCUCGGGCCUCCUCUCUGGGCAGUAUCGCUGCAAAGUUCACGUGUGGGGCCAGCGCUGUGACUCCUCUGGCCUGGUCACUACGGCCUGAGCCUCUCGCAGUCAAAGGGCUGCCAGUGUGAGUGACCCUCAGAGUGGACCCCCACCCCCAGGUCCUCCUCGCUCUGCCCCCAAUUACUGCCCUAAUAAUGCAUGCACUUACCUACCCCUGCAGCAGUCUCAUUAGCACCCUGACAGCCCUGUACCUUCGCCUGCAGGUGCAAUCCCCGGGGCUGUGUCCCUGGCACUCAUGCCUGUGAUCUCUCCAGUGGUGCCUAUCACUGCAAACGCUUUGUCUCCGGAUGGGACUGCAGCCGUUGUCUGGUGAGGCUUGACCCGUCUUCUGAUUUGACCUUGAUUUUGGGUGCUGAGCUUCUAGAAGCUGACAAGUACAAGGUUGUAAUCAGUGUGACUGCAGACUAAGCCUUGCUGGUGGGUUGUUGCCACUUCCUG